GUGGUUCUACAGGAGCAAAGUCGAAGAGUUGUUAAAAAAGAAAAAGAAAAAAAGACUUCCUUCUUCAGUGUUGUUGAGGGAGUAGCAUCGAGGAGGACUCAUUGGAAAAAAACAAACCCUCAGAUUUCCACAGUGAUGCAUCUGUCCAAGGGGGAGUUCGUGUGGGUGGACACCGAGGCCGGCGUGCCCAUGGGAGCCCAGGUGAAGGUGACCGACACGGGACAGCUUCAGCUCAUCGACGACGAAGGAAAGGAACACAAGAUCACCAAGCGCAUCGAGGGCGGUCUCCGGCCCAUGCACCCCACCUCGGUGCACGGCGUUGACGACAUGAUCCGGCUGGGGGACCUGAACGAGGCCGGUCUCCUCCGGAACCUCAUGAUACGACACAAAGACGGCCUCAUCUACACGUACACGGGCUCCAUCCUGGUGGCGGUGAACCCCUACCAGCUGCUGCCGCUCUACACGGCCGAUCACGUGCACCAAUACACGGACCGGCGGCUGGGCGAGCUACCGCCGCACGUCUUCGCCAUCGCAGACAGCUGCUUUUUCAAAAUGCGCCGCAACCGCAGGAACCAAUGCUGUGUCAUCAGCGGUGAAUCAGGGGCCGGCAAAACGGAGAGCACCAAACUGAUGCUGCAGUUUCUCGCGGCUGUGAGCGGCCAGCACUCCUGGAUUGAGCAUCAGAUUCUGGAGGCCAAUCCCAUUUUGGAAGCCUUCGGGAACGCCAAAACCAUCCGCAACGACAACUCCAGCCGCUUCGGCAAGUACAUCGACACCAAGUUCACCAAAGGGGGCGCCAUCGAAGGGGCACGCAUCGAGCAGUACCUGCUGGAGAAGUCCAGGGUGUGUCGCCAGGCACCCGAGGAAAGGAACUACCAUGUUUUCUACUACAUGCUGAUGGGAAUGCCAGCCGAGCAGAAAAAGAUCCUUUCGCUGGGGAACGCCGCCCAGUAUAACUACCUGACCAUGGGGAAGUGCACCACCUGCGACGGUCGUGACGACAUUAAGGAAUACGCUCACUUCCGCUCGGCCCUCAAGAUCCUCAUGUUCAGCGAGAACGACACCUGGGAAAUCUGCAAGCUGCUCGCUGCCAUCCUGCACAUCGGGAAUGUCAACUUCGAAGGAACCAUCGUUAACAACCUGGAAGGCUGCGAAAUCCUGGACUCAUUGCAUUUUGACAUGGCCAGCCAACUUUUGGAGGUGGACCCUAAAGUUAUGGAGAAAAGCCUGAGUCAGCGUUCCUUCAUGACCAUCAGGGAGAGCGUGAGCAAAGUUCUGACCUCGACACAGGCCUUGGACGGCAGGGACGCGUUUGUCAAGGCUAUUUACGGCCGCCUUUUCAUUUGGGUGGUGGAGAAAAUCAAUGCGGCCAUUCACAAGCCGCCGGGGGAGUCCGACGAGGUUAGGCAGUCCAUCGGCCUCCUCGACAUCUUCGGCUUCGAGAACUUCAGCACAAACAGUUUCGAGCAGCUGUGCAUCAACUACGCCAACGAGCAGCUGCAGCAGUUUUUCGUCAAGCACGUGUUCAAGCUGGAGCAGGAGGAGUACGCCCGGGAAAGCAUCGUGUGGGAGCGCAUCGACUACAAGGACAACCAAGAAACCUUGGACGUGCUCGCCAACAAGCCCCUCAACAUACUGGCCCUCGUAGACGAAGAAAGCAACUUCCCCAAGGGUACAGAUACCACCAUGCUCCAAAAAAUGAAUCAGGUCCAUGGGAAAAGGAACAUCUACAUUUCCCCCAAGAACAACUACGAGACUCAGUUUGGAGUCAAUCAUUUCGCAGGCGUCGUCUACUACGACUCCAAAGGUUUCCUGGAGAAAAACCGUGACGCCCUGAGCCCAGACCUCAUCCAGUUGGUGGAGACGUCCAGCAACAAGCUGCUCAAGAUGGUCUUCCACAACGAGAUGUCCUCCAGCAACACCAGCACCAAGAACGCAGCCAACCCCAGGAUGGUCAUCAACACACCCAAGAACACACUAAGGCAAGCCAACGACAGCAAGAAGCAGGUUCCCACGCUCUCGGGCCAAUUCCGUCAAUCCCUGGACUCCCUGAUGAAAACUCUGAUGGCGUGUCAGCCAUAUUUCAUCCGCUGCAUCAAACCCAACGACUACAAGAAGCCGAUGCUGUUUGACAGAGAGCUGUGCCUGCGUCAGCUGCGUUACUCAGGCAUGAUGGAGACCAUCAGGAUCCGCAAAGCCGGCUAUCCUGUACGCUACACGUUUGAUGAGUUCCUGGACCGCUACAGGGUUCUUCUCAAGACCUACAUCUGUGACCCACGAAAGGAAAGCAAAGAGAAAUGCUGCGAAAGUAUCUGUGAGUCCGUGCUGGCUGGAGAGGGCGACUGGAAGACAGGAAAGACAAAGAUCUUCCUGAAGGACUUCCACGACACCAUGCUGGAAGUGGAGCGGAUGAAGGAACUGAACACCAAGGCACUUUUGAUCCAGAAGGUUCUACGAGGCUACAAAUACAGGAAACAGUUCCUGAAGAAAAAAGCAGCUGCUCUUGUCAUUCAGAAGCACUGGCGAGGACACAAAGGGAGACAAGUGUACCGGGUGGUCCAGAAGGGCUUUGCAAGGCUGCAGGCGCAGGUUCGGUCGCGCCAGCUGCACCUACAGUACAAGAAGAAGCGGCAGGCGGCCAUCUUGCUGCAGGCGCAGGCGAGGGGCUACGUGGCCCGCAAGGACUGGAAGCGCAAGAGGGACGCAGUGGUCCUCCUGCAGGCGCACACCAGAGGCCUGGUGGCCAGGAGGGCUCUCAAGAACAUGAAGAGAAACAUGUAUCUGUCCGCCAAAGAGAAAGAAGCCGAGCGUCAGGUCAUUCUGGAGCGCCAGAAGCAUCUUGAGGACGUGCUGAGGCAGAAGAAGGAGAUGGAGGCCCAAGCCCAGUCUGAGUCCAUCAUGGACCAGGAGGUGGACGACAUCUUUGGCUUCCUGCCUGUCAUGGUGGGGGGGCAAGAGGGGCAGGCGCCUGAAGGGUUCGAGACUUUGGAGAGCAAGCGGGUUCUCCUGGAGGAGAUUGACAUUGACAGUAUCUCCAUUGAAGAUGAAGACCUGCAUGAAGAGGACCAGGACGACCUGGACGAGUACCCCUUCUCCAAGUUGGCGUCUAUGUACUUCCAGGGCGGUGCGUCGCCUUCGCACAUCCGCCAGAGGCUGAGACGGCCGCUGCUCUACCACGAGGACGAGGGAGACGUCUUGGCCUCGUUGACAGUCUGGUGGAUCAUCCUGAGGUUCAUGGGAGAUCUUCCCGAGCCCAAGAAGCAGUUCCGGGUCCAGGGAAGUUCCUCGCAAGAACUUGUUCUCACCCAGGACGUCAUCAACAGAAAGGACAGACGUCUGAGCCACAUGGUCGGGCUGGAUCAGCGUGUACUCCGGAACAAAAAGGGCCCACAGCCUUCUCCUGUCCAGGAGGAGUCCACUCCCAACAGAAAGGUCUCCAUCUUCACGGACCUCCUGUCUAGAAACAAGAGGGCUGCUCCGGGCGAGGCAGCCCCAAACGCCAAGAUCUACACCGUCCCUGAAGGGAGCCCUCGGACUAGGAAGGGCUCCACCUUCACAGACCUGCUGUCCCGGAGUCGGAAAAACUCUAGCAUUCAGGAAAAUGGAAUCCCCAAAUCCUCAUCCAGCUUCCGAAAACCCUCCAUUAUCAUGGAAGAGUCUGAGGAUCAGCCGGACGUGUCCAAGGCUCCCAGCCUAGAGACGGUGAAGGAAGACAGUGGCGACGUCCUGAUCGGUGAGGGUCCCACCCUGGACCGGACGAUGACGUCUCUGGAGAAGCUGCACAUCAUCGUGGGCUAUGCCAUAGUCCGACGCGACCUCAGGGAUGAGAUCUACUGCCAGAUCUGCAAGCAGUUGCAGGACAACAACAACCGCAAUAGCUACUUCCGAGGAUGGAUCCUGCUCUCACUCUGUCUGGGUGUCUUUGCGCCGAGUGAACAGAUUCUAAGGUACAUCCAAAGUUUCAUCCGCUCCGCUCCGAGUGGCUAUGCCUCCUAUUGUGCAGAGAGGCUGCGUCGCACCCUCACCAACGGUGUGCGGAGGGAGCCCCCUGCCUGGCUCGAGCUCCAGGCAACCAAGACGAAGAAGCCAAUGGUGGUGUCUGUCACGCUCAUGGACGGACGCUUGGUCAACCUUCCCGUGGAUUCGGCGUCCACAUCCAAGGAGAUCUGCCAGCUCCUCGCCAACAAAGUCAAACUGAAAGACACGUUUGGCUUUUCCCUCUACGUGGCUCUGUAUGAAAAGGUGUGGGCCCUGGGCGGCGGCCGUGAGCACGUGAUGGAUGCCAUCUCCCAGUGCGAGCAGGAGGUGAAGCGGCGCGGCGGGCAGGAGCAGCAUGCACCCUGGCGCCUAUUCUUCCGCAAGGAGAUCUUCACGCCCUGGCACGACUGCUCCGAGGACAAGACUAGCACGGAGCUCAUCUACCAGCAGGUCGUCCAUGGCCUGAAGUUCGGCGAGUACCAAGCGGAGAAGGAAGAUGAUUUUGUCCAACUCGCUGCCAAGCAUCUCUAUAUCAAGCACGGCUCAGAUAACAGCAGCGGGGUGGUGAAGGAGGCGGUGCAGGGCUGCAUCAGCAACUCCCUGCUGGAGGCCAAGUCUGAAGCCAAAUGGGUUCAAAUGGUUAGCACGGCCCAUGCUCAGGGUUCCUACCUAAUUUCCCUGCAAAAAGUGGAUUCAGUGAAAGCGGAGAUAGUGGACUACGCCCGUGAAAAGUGGCCCAUCUUCUUCUCCAGGUUCUUUGAGUUGGUGAAAGUGUCAGGUCCUCCACUGCCAAAGAAUAAGUUAAUCGUGGCUGUAAACUGGACUGGCCUCACCUUCCUGGAUGAGCGAGAAAAGAGGCUCCUGGAACUCUCUUUCCCAGAAGUCACUGGCGUUAACUGCACAAGAGAUCCUAAAGGCCCAAAGGUGUCUCUGCUGACUCUGAAGGGAGACUUCAUGCUGAGCGGAUCCAUGGCCGAGGACAUGGCCGAGCUAGUCACCAUGUUCCUCAGCGGACUGACUGAGCGCUCGCAAUAUGCUGUGACCUUGAAGGAGAUGGAUAAGCAAGACGACCCAACGUUCCUCAGUUUCAAGAAGGGCGAGGUCAUCAUCAUACUCCAAGACAAUGAGUUCUCGCAGCAGCGUGGCUGGAUAAAAGGGAAAAAUGACCGUACGGGGAAAACGGGGGCCGUUCCCAUGGAGGCCAUCUUAAUCCUGCCGACGCUUAGCAAACCCACAAAUGAAGUCAUGAGCCUGCUCAACCUGUCCCCCAACCAGCGGAAGACCAUACUAGCCAACCAAAAAGACACUGGCACAGUUGAGAGAAUAGCACCAGUUACCCUGAGGGAGUUCUCACUCGAGUACUUCAGGCAGCCCGCAAAGGAUUUGAACCGGCAGGUGAUGUCACGAAAUGCUGCCCCUGAGAGGCUGUGGUUGAACUCACGUGAGCCCAUCAGACAGCCUCUUCUUAAGAAGCUGGUGGGCAACUCGGAGCUGAGCCAUAAAGCCUGUCUGGCCUUCACCGCCAUCCUAAAGUAUAUGGGCGAUUACCCAACCAAGCAGAUGCAAAGUCCCCUCGAACUCACCGACCAAAUCUUUGGGCCUGCCACGGAAAAAGAGAUCCUCAGAGACGAGAUAUACUGCCAGAUUAUGAAGCAGAUGAGCAGCAAUAACAACCGGUUCAGCUUGGACCAGGGGUGGCAGCUGCUGUGGUUGUGCUGUGGCCUCUUCCCUCCCAGUCAGUCACUUCUGAAGCAUGCCCAGCGGUUCCUGGAGUCACGGCGCCGAGAGCCACUGGCCUCUGACUGCCUGAAACGACUGCAGAGCUCUUUGAGGAUGGAGCCCAGGAAGCUUCCGCCACACCAGGUGGAAGUGGACGCUAUCCAGCAGAACAGCACACAGAUCUUCCACAAAGUCCACUUCCCCAAUGACACGGGGGAGAUCUUCGAGGUGGCGACCAGCACCAAGAUCGGAGAUCUCAUCAGGAACAUUUCCAACAAGCUGCAACUGACUACAGCCGAUGGCUUCAGCAUUUUCAUUAAGACGCACGACAAGGUCCUCAGUCUGAAUGACAGCGACUACUUCUUUGACAGUCUGAGGCAGAUCACAGACUGGUCCAGAAAGACCAAACGCAUUAAAGAUGGUGGUCAGGUCAGCAUGCCCUACCUGGUCUUCUUCAUGAGAAAGCUGUGGUUCAACGUGAUCCCUGGCAGAGACCUGGAGGCAGACCUAAUCUUCCACUUCCCACAGGAAGUCCCCAAGUACCUGAGGGGCUACCACGUGUGCACCAAGGACGACAUGGUCCAAAUCGCCUCCCUGCUCUUCCGCAUUAAGGUCGGUAACGACAAGAGUCAAUUUGUGACCAUCCCCAAGAUCCUGAAGGAAUUGAUACCCGGUGACCAGCUCAAGACCAUGUCUGAAAACGAGUGGAAGAAGAGCAUCGUGGCAUCUUUCAACAAACAAGCGGGCAAGACUGUGGAGGAAGCAAAGGUGGCGUUCCUGAAGGCGGUUUGUCGCUGGCAAACAUUCGGCUGCGCUUUCUUUGAAGUGAAGCAAACGUCCGAGCAAACCUUUCCGGACAUUGUGCGGAUUGCCAUCAGCAAGCAAGGACUCACCAUCAUACACCCCAAAACCAAGGAAGUGUUGGCGAACCACCCGUUUAAUCGCAUUGCCAGCUGGUGCAGUGGGAGCACGUAUUUCCACAUGACCAUUGGCAGCUUGGUGAAGGGCAGCAAAUUCCUGUGCGAAACGUCGUUGGGCUACAAGAUGGACGACCUCAUCACCUCCUACAUCAACAUGUACAUGCAAGAGAGGAGGCCGGUGCAGAGCAGGAACCAGCGCUUCAAUUGACGCCCGCACGUCCAGCGAGACUUGACUCGUCACUGCGUAUGGAGACAAAUGAUUGUCAAAAAUAAAUAUGUACUUUACCUACUAGCUAUUGCAUGUGCCAAGGCAUCACAAGCAUAUGCUAUAAAUAACUGAAAUAUGAUGUGAUAGUCUGUGAAUGUUUCGCAACUCGACUGCAGGAAGUGCUGGAAUACAUAGUAAGUAUUUAUUCAAGUCCCUUGUAAUCAUAUUUACGUUCAUGACUUUGCUUGAGCUGAUUGGAUUCCUGACAAAUAAACGUUCAUUUUACGCACAAAG